AUGAGAUCUUGCGCUUGUUCUAAUCGUCUGAUUGCAGCCGCAUGCCUCGUCGGAGCGGUGCCUCUCAUGGCAUAUGUCGGAGCCGCACCUACAGAGGUGCCCCAGCAGCAGCACUGCCAGACCAAACCUUUCGCGUUCUUCCUAGCUGGUGAUUCCACGACAGCCAUCCAGAGUCCAAACGGUGGCGGGUGGGGCACGGGGUUUCUGUCUUAUCUCAACGACACAGCGGGGGCCUGGGGCGUCAACCACGGCAUCAACGGCGCGACGACGGCAUCUUUUGUCGAGGCAGGGGAGUGGGACCGUGUGCUGUCGUCAGUCCAACAAAACAGCGCAAACAGCAGCUGUGUGGUGACGAUCCAGUUUGGGCACAAUGACCAACUACCGUCCCGCGGUGUCUCGAGAGAUCAGUUCCAGUCAAACUUGGAGAAGUUUGCUGCCGAUGUCAGGGCCGCAGGCGGCCUGCCAGUGAUACUGAGCCCACUGUCGAGAAGGGAUUUCUCGGCCAACGGAACGCUUAUAGAUUCUCUUGGUGUUGAGAGGAGCUUGGCCAAGACGGCGGCGGGCAAUUCCGGUGCAAGAUUUGUCGAUCUGAACCAGGCGAGCGCGAGCUAUGUACAGGCCCUUGGUGCGGAGGCCAGUAAGAAGUAUAACAGCAAUCCUGGUGACACGACGCAUCUCGACAAGUGGGGGAGUGUGGUAUUCGGCAGGAUGGUAGCAGACUUGCUCCUUGGACAUGAUGCAAGGCUAGAAACCAAAGAUGCAGGUGUUGGUAUCAUGGUGCAGAACCCUGAGUUGGUACUUGUCCAGCAGGGUGGGCCGGACGAAUUGGAGCCUAGGGCAGAAUGCCUGAAGGGGUGGAUUGUCGAGGACAAGGAGCUUAGUCGCAAGAUAUGGAGGGGUGAUGCAGCCUGA